GUAACACCCUUCCCAAAUUUAAGCCAAAGGAAAAACCUCGUUAACUAACUCGGCCAGUUCCUUAAACCCCAACGAUUUCCCUCUCUCGCAAACCACCGCCUCCCGCCUCCUUCAGUAACCGGAGCACUGCUCAAUAACGUAUCCUCUUGGAGAAUAACAUAAGCGAAGAUAGCAAUGGGAGAAGUUAUGUUGGGUAUGCCCGGACCUUGGGCUGAUGAUAAUUAUGACGUGGCUGAUCAUUAUACUACAAAAAUUGGAGGAGCUCCGGAUUGGCCAAUUCCUGAUCUUGUCAUUAGCGCAGACCUACUUGUAUGUGGAGGCUGUAAAAGCAAACUCUGUCUGCUCGCUCAGGUUUAUGCACCAAUUUCGACUAAGAAUCUGAACAUUGAAGAACGUGUUCUGUAUGUUUUUGGUUGUAGCAAGCCUCAAUGUGGGAAUAAUACAUCAAGUUGGAGAGUUCUACGAGUGCAAAAGCCAACCUCCAGUGAAGAACCAGUACAACCGUGUCUUGAUGUUCCCCCAUUGGCAUCACCUUCUCAUACAGCUCCUAAGAAUGGUUGGCAAGAAAAAUUUUUUACAUUUGAUGCUGGGGAGGAUGCUGAUGGUGGAAAUUAUGAUGACUUAGAUAUGGAGGACUUGAGCAGGGCAUUUGCUGAAGCUGCAAGUUUAAGUUCCAGUUCAAAGAAGCAAAAUUUUGAUCCUUUGUCUCCUUUAAAACUCCCUGCUUCAGGCCAGAAAUGUAAAUUACAUGAUAACAAAUUUGCAGUUAUCCCUUGCUUCUAUAUAUAUGCUCAAGAGGAGAAAUUUUCAAAAAAUACCAAGGCAUUGAAUUCAAAAUGUCAGUCUCUCCCUUCGCAUCAAGGUGAACUUGAACUGGAUGAUCGUUCACGAGAAGAGGCUUGGGAAGGGGAGAUUUACGAACAUGAUAAAGCCUUGUAUGCCGACCGGACUUACCUCAAGUUCAAGAAGCGAAUUGAUGCAAAUCCUGAACAAUGUUUGAGAUAUUCAUAUGGUGGGAGGCCGUUGAUGGCUUCUUUGAAGAUGGGAGAUCCAGGCACAUGCAGCCUCUGUGGUGGGCGGAGGCACUAUGAAAUGCAGCUGAUGCCUCCAUUGUUGUAUUUCCUACAAGAAGCAGCUAGUGGUGAACAAAAGAAUUCCUUGGAGAACUGGAACUGGUUGACUCUGAUUAUCUAUACAUGUUCUAAGAGUUGUACGGGGUCAUUCCAUGAAGAUAACACUGGUAGUCAAGGCUGGAGUGUGGCCGAGGAAGCUGCUAUUGUACAAUUUGAAUAACAUCCCAUAUCACAAAUCACAAUGAUAUUUGUUGUAUUCUAUUAAGCUGCAGAAAAUAAUCAUGUUAUUAAACAUUUUAUUAUCUCGGAAAUAGAUUUACAUAUAAAUUAUUAUUAUUAUCGCCCACAUCGAUUACAUUAUACUUUGUUCCUUAAUUUAAAAAUGGAAGGACAAGAAAGCUUAAAACAUUUUAUUAUGAGAUGUACUUAAAACCUCAUAACAAAUUGCACAUUCUCAAAAUGGCACUUCUACUUUGGGAUAAUGUACUAUUAGUCGUAUUUGCUUACCAG